AGAGGAAACAUGCUGCAUGUCAGUGUUGUGGCUCAGAGGGAUGAUGGGAUGUUUGUGUAUCAAAGUCCAGCGGUGUGUGUCUGUGGCAGUGUGUGUUACGGUGUGAGUCAGGACCAACAUGGAGGAGCAGAAGAAGAUUCUGUGUGUCGGCCUGGUGUGUCUGGACAUCAUCAACGUGGUCGACAAGUAUCCUGAAGAAGACACUGACAGCAGGUGUCUGUCGCAGCGUUGGCAGCGAGGAGGAAACGCCUCCAACUCCUGCACGGUUCUGUCGCUGCUCGGAGCUUCCUGCGCCUUCAUGGGCUCCCUGUCUGCCGGACCGGUGGCCGAUUUCAUCAUGGCCGACUUCUCGCGGCGUUCAGUCGACGCCUCGGCGGUGGUUUGGCAGCUCGACGCUCAGACGCCGUGUGCAUGUUGUUUGGUUUGUCCGUCCAGUGGGACUCGAACCGUCGUUCUCUCCGAUACGAACCUUCCUGACGUCACAGCAGAGGACUUCUCUAAAGUCAAUCUUCACAAGUUCAAGUGGAUUCACUGGGAGGGCCGUAACGCUGACGAACAGGUGAAGAUGAUCCAGCAGGUGGUGGCGUACAACAGCACGUUGCCACAACAACAGAAGAUCACCGUCUCUGUGGAGAUUGAGAAGACCAGAGAGCCGCUGUAUCAGCUGUUUCCACACGGCGACGUGGUGUUCGUCAGCAAAGACGUCGCUCGACACUUUGGGUUCCACUCGGCCGAAGCUGCUCUCAGAGGAUUCUACCCUCGAGUUAGACAGGGGGCUGUCCUGAUCUGUGCCUGGGCAGAAAAAGGAGCUUCUGCUUUGGGUCCUGACGGUUUGCUGGUUCAUUCAGAUGCUUUUCCUCCAGAGCGUCUGGUCGAUACUCUGGGAGCCGGAGACACUUUCAACGCUGCAGUGAUUCACUCGCUGUCGGCCGGUGGGAGCUUACAGGAAGCGCUGACGUAUGGCUGCAGAGUCGCCGGCGCCAAGUGUGGUUUCCAUGGCUACGACGGCAUCGGCGAAAAGUUUUCCAACAAGUGACCAAAGAGUUAAAGACGGGUUAAUGUUCAGGCAGCAGCGAUGGAUUCAGCUUGAGAUUAAAAAGAAGAAGAAAAAAAAAACGAUUUCUUUCAGUAAUGACAUGAAUUUUAUUUAAUUCUAAGCUUAAAAAGUGAACUUUAAUUUAAAAACUGUGACGAAUGUGUUUACCUAGUUUACAAGGAUUCCCUCUGACUAACUGAUGGGUAUCUGAUGCUGAGAAAUAACCAGUGAUGAACUCUGAUGGCUGGUUAUUCCUGGUUAACUGGUUGGUUAUUGUGAACUCUGUGACGUGUUGUCACCUGAUGAUGACCUACUGAGAAGAUGCUGUGAUGGGGUGGGUUUAAAUGAAGUGACUGUGUUAAAAUGCUUCUUUUUUUUUUUUACCAGAUAAGAAUAAAAUGUGAUCAAUUCA